AUUGGGGAGAGCAGCUAACAGUUUCAAAACAGACAGCAAAGAAAUAACACAUCGGCACAAAGAAAAACUACGCUAUUAUUAUUGGAAUAUUACGUGCGAUCAAGAAUAAGUGAAUUUGUUUUUUUUUUUUCUUCGGUAUAUAUAUGUAAAAACAAACUGUGACUGUGAAACCGUGUACAAAAUUAAAUUAUAAACAAACCAAAAAAAAGACAACAAAGACUCAUCAAAGAUACAAAUUAAAUUGUAAUUUUUUUUAAGUGCUCAAAUUAGCUUUAGAUAGCAAAUUUAACUAGUAAUUAAUUAAACUAGUAAUUAACAGAGAAUAAGGAGCUGCGCCAUGAAGUUGUGCAUUUUACUGGCCGUAGUGGCCUUUGUUGGCCUCUCACUCGGUGAGGAGAAGAAGGAGAAGGACAAGGAGUUGGGCACCGUUAUCGGUAUCGAUCUGGGCACCACAUACUCAUGUGUUGGCGUUUACAAAAAUGGACGCGUUGAGAUCAUUGCCAACGAUCAGGGUAAUCGUAUUACACCCUCGUACGUGGCAUUCACAGCCGAUGGCGAGCGUCUGAUUGGUGAUGCCGCCAAGAAUCAAUUGACCACAAAUCCAGAGAACACUGUGUUCGAUGCCAAGCGUCUGAUUGGACGCGAAUGGUCCGACACGAAUGUGCAGCACGACAUCAAGUUCUUCCCCUUCAAGGUGGUGGAGAAGAACUCGAAGCCACACAUUAGCGUCGAUACGUCGCAGGGUGCCAAGAUCUUUGCUCCGGAGGAAAUCUCCGCCAUGGUGUUGGGCAAGAUGAAGGAAACCGCUGAAGCAUAUCUGGGCAAGAAGGUCACCCAUGCGGUGGUCACCGUGCCAGCCUAUUUCAAUGAUGCCCAGCGUCAGGCGACCAAGGAUGCCGGUGUCAUUGCCGGUCUCCAGGUGAUGCGCAUCAUCAAUGAACCGACAGCCGCUGCCAUUGCCUAUGGUCUGGACAAGAAGGAGGGCGAGAAGAAUGUGCUGGUCUUUGAUUUGGGUGGCGGUACCUUCGAUGUCUCCCUGCUGACCAUUGACAAUGGUGUCUUCGAGGUGGUGGCCACCAACGGUGACACUCACUUGGGCGGUGAAGAUUUCGAUCAGCGUGUCAUGGAUCACUUCAUCAAGCUGUACAAGAAGAAGAAGGGCAAGGACAUCCGCAAGGACAACCGUGCUGUGCAGAAGUUGCGUCGUGAGGUCGAGAAGGCAAAGCGUGCUCUGUCCGGUUCCCACCAGGUGCGCAUCGAAAUCGAAUCAUUCUUUGAGGGCGAUGACUUCUCCGAGACGCUGACCCGUGCCAAGUUCGAGGAGCUCAACUUGGAUCUGUUCCGUUCGACUCUGAAGCCGGUGCAAAAGGUGCUCGAGGAUGCCGACAUGAACAAGAAGGAUGUGCAUGAGAUUGUGCUCGUUGGUGGUUCCACUCGUAUCCCGAAAGUGCAACAGCUGGUCAAGGACUUCUUUGGCGGCAAGGAACCAUCCCGUGGCAUCAAUCCCGAUGAGGCUGUCGCUUAUGGUGCCGCUGUCCAGGCUGGCGUUCUCUCUGGCGAACAGGAUACAGAUGCCAUCGUGCUGCUCGAUGUCAAUCCACUGACCAUGGGUAUCGAGACCGUUGGCGGUGUGAUGACCAAGCUGAUUCCACGCAACACUGUCAUUCCCACCAAGAAGUCGCAGGUGUUCUCCACGGCCUCUGACAACCAGCACACAGUGACCAUUCAGGUGUACGAGGGUGAGCGUCCCAUGACCAAGGAUAACCAUUUGUUGGGCAAAUUCGAUCUGACCGGCAUUCCACCCGCACCACGUGGCAUUCCACAAAUUGAGGUUUCGUUCGAAAUCGAUGCCAACGGCAUUCUGCAGGUCAGCGCUGAGGAUAAGGGCACCGGUAACAAGGAAAAGAUUGUCAUUACCAAUGACCAGAAUCGUCUGACACCCGAGGACAUUGAUCGCAUGAUCCACGAUGCCGAGAAGUUCGCCGAUGAGGACAAGAAGCUGAAGGAGCGCGUCGAGUCGCGCAACGAGCUGGAAUCGUACGCUUACAGUCUAAAGAACCAGAUUGGCGACAAGGAGAAACUGGGCGCCAAGCUGAGCGAUGAGGAGAAGACCAAAUUGGAGUCGGCCAUCGAUGAGUCGAUCAAAUGGCUUGAACAGAAUCCCGAUGCUGAUCCCGAGGAGUACAAGAAACAGAAGAAGGAUCUGGAGGCCAUCGUUCAGCCAGUCAUUGCCAAGCUGUAUCAAGGCACUGGCGGUGUACCACCAACAGAGGGUGGCGAGGCCGGCGAUGAUCUCAAGGAUGAGCUGUAAGCCGGCCAUGUGAUGAUGAUCGAUGAUCGUAACGAACGUUUGAUUAUAUAAAUAGUUUUGGCAGUAGAAGUAAAUCAGACUGAUUAAACAAUUAUAAACUUAAUUGCAAGUAACAUGAAUAUGAAAACAACCGGCAACAGCAACAAAUUACAACAACCAACACGACACGACACCACACCCUCCUUCUCCUUCUCCUCCACCAUAAGGAAAGAAAGAAAGAAAGAAAAACCCCAAAGCAAAACAGGUUAACACAAACAGCUCAACAAACAAUUUUCUUCAACAAUCACCGCACGCAAAAUUCCUUGUAGCACAUUUUUAGUUUUCGUUUUUUUUUUUUAAUUUAAUGUUUUCUUUAUAACAAAUUCUAUAAUGUUUUCUUCUAUAUUAUAAUUUUUAAAAUGAAGAUUUCAUUUCGGGCCCAAAAUCGCAACGGAGCAUAGAAGUUUAGGUAGUUGAGAUAUGAUGAUGAUAACGAUGCUGAUGAUGUUUAUGAUUAUAAUAUAUAAAGAAGAGGGAGAAUCAAGUGUGUUCCUCGCAUUCCUUUAACAAUGGCCAAUUACCUAUUACCAAUCCCCGAAUACUGUAUAUUUUUUGAUAAACGCUAACUUCUAAUGAGGAAUCACAAAUCAAUAGGUUAGCCUACAAGUUAUAAACAAUCUUAUUAAGAAAAUAAAACAAAAUAAAAAAAUGUUAUAUGUAUAA